AUGAUGAUGUUAAAAUAUACUUCAAUUUUAUUAUUAUUAAUCAACAUUAUUAAAGCUGAAGAAUAUGUUUUAUGUGAUGAUGGAAAUCCAUGCACAUCCGAUUUUUUCGAUCAAAUUAGUGGUACUUGCCAACAUAUGUUCAAUCAAUGGUCUGGAUGUGAAAAUCCAAUGCAACAACAACAACAACCUCAAUGCUCCGAAAAUACUUGCAAUAGAUUUAAAAGUAACAAAUGUAAAACAUUUACAAAUUGUAACAUGGGACAAUGUAUGUUUAGAGAUGUAGAUUGCAAUGACUACAAUAUUUUUAGUAUUGAUCGUUGUGAUCCAGAAUUUGGUUGCCACUAUACCCCAUCAACUUCAACAAGAUCUUGUUCACAUGACUAUGAUUGUGGUGACAAUAUGCAAUGUACUCGUGAUACCUGUGUUAAUGGAAAAUGCGUAAAUAAAAUAAGUUGUGGAUUUGAUCAAUUAUGCAAUAGAUAUGGUAAUUGUGAAUCCAUCCCACAGGAAGAAAUUGAAGACUCACCAUCAAGAAAAGAUGGUAUCUCUGAAGAGAUAGAAGAUAAUUUAAGAAGAUAUGGAACACAAUGUAUUCAAGAAGCUGGUAUAUUAUUGAAAUUGUCAAUUUCAACUAUUGGUACAGGUCAAGUUAUAUUUCAAAGAUUUUAUACAAGAAAGUCAUUUAAAGAAUAUGAUGUUAAAACCCUAUCAAUGGGUUCAUUAUUUGUAGCAACUAAAUUUAUAGGGCCAAUAAGACAUAUUAGAGACAUUCUAAAUGUUUUUAAUCAUAUUUGGAGGAAAAAAGAAGGCUUACCAAUUGAGUAUAUAGAUACAACUAAACAAGGCUAUUGGGAUUUAAAAGGUGAUGUUAUAGGAGGAGAAUUUGAUAUUUUAAAAGAAUUUGGAUUUUUAGUAUAUGUCGAUUUACCUCAUAAAUACAUUUUAAACUAUAUGAAACUUUUAGACAAAAGUAAAGAGUUGGCACAGAAAUCUUGGAAUUAUAUAAACGAUUCAAUGAAAACAACAAUAGCCAUUCAAUAUAGACCUGAAGCUAUUGCAGCUGCAUCAAUAUUUUUAGCAUCAAGAGUUUUAAAAACUAAUUUACCUGAAGAACCACAUCCAUGGUGGGAAUUAUUUGAAACUACUAAAGAAGAAAUUGAAGUUAUUUCAUAUGAAAUGUACAGUUUAUAUUCAAAAAAAUCCGCUUAUUUUAUAGAUGUUUUUAAUCCAACCCAACCAUCCAAUUUAUCUUCACCACAAUCGACAUCAAACACCACAACAACUACCACUACGACAUCCUCUUAA